GUAUUUACUGCGCAGAUAUCUCCAUGACGUAACCGAAUAUUAGAAUACAAAGGAAAAGCUUUCUUAUAUCAAUAUUUUUCCAUCACAGAAACAACUCUUCAUUACAUUGAAAGUUUGUUUAAAAUAAUAUUUUGGUUGUGUAAAAAUAUUCAAACUCCUAAGACUGGAGAUAUCCCGAAGAUACCGACCGAACGCUACCCGCAACAUAUAGCUACACUGAGGGGGCAUCGAACUGAGGCCAUUGAACUCUACUCUUCAGAGUUUAGUCCACACACCAUGACUAGUAGUGCUCUAGACACGAUUACGGUGGGAGCUGUGCAUGAGAAAACCAAGCAGUGUUAAAGAUUUGUGUAAACAUAGUUAAAGAAAUAUUCAGUGAUAAUAGGAAGAAUAAUAUUCUAUGAUUGAAUACAAGUUAUAUAGUUAAAUGGAUUCAAUGAGUUAUGUCGGAAGGGGUGAGAGGGGUUGGCGCCCCGCCCACGGUUAAGCAUCUACAUGAAAUGAGUCUCUACCACGAUUUUAAGCUCAAGCGGAGGAAGGUAGACUCUCGCUGCAGUAGUGAUGGUGAAAACUUUGCUGAGCUAACUAAACUAUCUCCUGAUCCAAGGGACGUCAGCUGCCAAUCAAAGGCCGAUGACACAACAGAUACAAGUUUUGUGGCGUCUCCUGUGCCUAUUAUGAGACUUAAACGUGAGUGCGAUGAGUCGGAGAUUGAAGAGGAGAGGGAGGCGGAGAAGAGAGUUGAAGUAAAAGAAGGAACAAUCGGACAUAGACUUCCCCCUGUAGUUGUAAAACAAGAGUUCUCUGGACUUGAACUUAAAUCUCAGUGUGAUAGUUCAACCAGUUUAAGCAUAUCCAAGACAAAUGAUCUUGAUAUGAGGAAGGAAUUUGUAUUUUCAAGAGAAACUAGCAGUGCUAUAGUUGAAGUGAGACCUAUGAAUUCUGUUCAUUCUCAAAAUUUUGAUGAAUCUCGAGUUUCCGGAAGUACAUCAAAUGAAAGCACUAAACCAAGUUUUAAUCCUUCUUUUUAUAACUCAAAAUUAUACAACACUUUAUCUAAGCCAAAGUCAGAUGUACAACCUCCAGCUUCCAGACCUUCCGUUCAAAUCACUUUGCAAAGAGGAGGAGCUGCCGCCUUUAAUACUUUCCCCCGACCUGCUGAAAACAUAUAUGAGAAUAUGCGGUCCAGUAAUACAAUAACCAGCAUAAAAUCUGAAUACUCUCCAGCUCAGAUAAUACCUCAAAGCAGUGGAAUGUCAGUGUUUAAAGGUGGAUACUCACAUUCCUCCCAAGCCUCCUCUCCUGGAUCUCCAGCUCACCAUCUAAAAUCUCAUUCUCAGCCCAACUCUAUUUUGUCCCAUAUGUCGGAAGAAUUUGAGGAUCAAAAACCAAAUUUUAUCUCAGCAAUGCAGAAACUAAUUGCUAAAAACCAACAACAGUAUUCAGACGGAAGAACUCCAUCUCCAGGCUUUCAUCGCUUCCCUCUACACCUUCCCCAAUCCUCCACCAACAUACAGUCUCCCCACUCACAAAGUCCAGUGCCAACGUUAAGAGGAGAGCCUUUUACCAUGUCUCCAUAUAAAAAUAUGCUACACAAUUCCGACCAUCGAGGUCAAAUGUUAAACCCUACAGGGAAUAAUACACGCUCAUUAAAUCACACCAGCCUAAACCAACCUAAGAGACCUGAAAACCCAAGUAGUUCUGGACUUCCAGGAACAAGCGUAAUGUUUAGUAAAUCUGGAGGAGUUAGAACAAUGGUAUGGAGUCCAUCACCAGCUCAUAGUCCAAUAGACUCACCAGUCCCUCAAAACUUCGGGUUGCCGGAUACUACUAGACUGAGCACUGAUAGUGAACACGAUAUGCAGGCUGUGAAAGGUUUGGUUGAGCUGUGUCAGGUUGGAGGUCCUAGGCCACAACAACCUCAACUAUACCACCAUCAGGAUAUGUUUAAUGCUAUGGCCCCAACGUCUGAAUUAAGGCAUAUCCUGCCGCCCAGUUUUAACAAUGUACCUGGAGAUUUCACACGUCUGCGUCCAAACCUUUCUUCUGGUUUACGGCUGGAUAGACCGCAUGUUGAUAUGGCUGAAUUAUGGAAAGGAAACUUAGACCAACUUCCUGCACAAGCUCAGCCAAGUGGGUCUAUCUUUAACAGGGAUAGUGGAGAACCUGGAAACCGUAUUCUAGAUGAGGAUGAUCAACCAAUGAUUUGUAUGAUAUGUGACGACAAGGCGACUGGUCUACACUAUGGCAUUAUAACAUGUGAAGGAUGUAAAGGAUUCUUUAAAAGAACAGUUCAAAACAAGAGGGUUUACACUUGUGUGGCGGAUGGGAAUUGUGAGAUUAAUAAAGCGCAACGGAAUCGGUGUCAAUACUGUAGGUUUCAAAAAUGUUUGGAAAGAGGAAUGGUGUUAGCAGCUGUGAGAGAGGAUCGAAUGCCGGGAGGACGUAACUCUGGAGCUGUUUACAAUAUGUAUAAGGUAAAGUACAAAAAGCAAAAAAAGCACCCUAAACCACAGAUGGGACAAUUUAAUGUGAUGUCAAAACCUUCCAUGAAGAAUAUCGAGUUUGAACAGAUGGAUAGUCCAAAAUCACUCCUUAACUUACGGGAAGAACAGAAAACAGCUUCUUUUCAAUCGACGAGCCUUUCCUCUCCAAGCUCUCCGCAUCCUGACACCAUUUCUCCGUCUAUAAAUAUUCUUAAAGCAGUUCUUACUGGAUCUCAAGAGGGUUUGCCGCAAUAUCGACAGUUCGAUAGAGCGAGACGAAGGGAACGUUAUGAAGACAGCCUCCGUCUUAUUCAGGAGUUAAUAGACUGUGAUGAUUUUGAGGAUAUUUCAACCUUUAGGGACGUGAAUGACCUUCUUGAUCACAGCAACGCUGAACUCUCGGACAGAUUAAGUAGGAUUGGAGACAAUAUAGUUGUAAAGUUGGUUCAAUGGACCCGGAGAUUACCUUUCUACGAGGAUAUUCCUGUAAAUAUUCACACCAGUUUGCUCACUAACAAGUGGCAUGAACUUCUUGUCCUCACCACAUCGUCCUAUCAGGCUAUAAACGGUAGCCGGAGAAUGGGAACCACGAGAUCAGACGGAGAAACUGCAGAGCUCCAUCAGGAGGUUGCUACCAACCUGGUAACUCUGCAAACCUGCUUAACAUCAAUGAUGGGUCGCCCAAUCACUAUGGAUCAACUCAGACAGGAUGUUGGAAACAUGGUGGAAAAAGUGACAAAGGUCAUCACUUCACUCAGAAAUUUCCGGCUAACAAUAGAAGAAUAUGUCUGCCUCAAAGUUGUUGCAAUGCUUACAGAAGACGGAUUAGUUCAACAUUCUGAACUAGAAGAGAUCCACGACAGAUACAUGAAUUGUUUGAAAAUUUACACGGAAUGGAAUUUUCCGACCCAGCCUAACAGAGUCCAAGAGCUAUUAGUCAAGCUUCCAGAGGUUCAAGAGGCUGCAGGACUUCUUCUGGCAAGCAAGAUGUUUUACGUUCCGUUUCUCUUGAACUCUACUAUUAGUUCUUCCAGUGUCUGAGAUAUGGUUACCAUCAAUCUUUGAGAACCUGAUUAAUAUUUUCUACUUACUUAACUUUCUUUAAUCUUUGUAUCUAGCCAGUUCUUACAUAAACCAGUCAAGCAACCCAGUCCAGUUUUGGAUUAAAUUAUUUGAAUCUCUUAGGAUCUAUCAUACUCUUCAAAAUAAAACGUUCAUGACGUAUAUAUAUUUACAAAAUGGUUCUACUUAUUUAUACAUGAUGCAUUUCAAAUAAAAAUUCGAUGAAUUAAGAAUAAGCUUAUU